GCUUGGGAGAAGUGGGAGAUGCUGGUGCCAGGCGGCACCAUGCAGAUAACGGUGCUUGGAUUAAAUGCAUUCAGUCUAUCUGUGUAGAACACUGUGGAAAGAGCGCUGGUGAAAUGACCGUUGACUUUCCAAAUUCCUCUUACUGUUGAGUCCUGUUCAUCAAUAGAAGCGUGGGGAUUCCCUAAAGGCUGCAAACAGCUACCUGAGGGAUCAGUGGUUCCAUUCUUUGCAGUGGAAGAAAAAGAUUUACAAGUACAAGAAGGUGCUCAGUAACCCCAGCCGCUGGGAGGUGGUGUUGAAGGAGAUCAGGACGCUGGUGGACAUGGCGCUGACGUCUCCGCUUCAGGAUGACUCUAUUCACCAAGCACCACUGGAGAUCGUCUCAAAACUGCUCUCCGAGAACAACAACUUAACCACUCAAGACCACGAGAGCAUUAUUGUGGCAAUUGCACCUUUGCUGGAAAACAACCAUCCUCCUCCUGACCUCUGUGAAUUCUUUUGCAAGCACUGCCGAGAGCGCCCGCGGUCCAUGGUUGUGAUAGAAGUGUUCACACCAGUGGUACAGAGGAUUCUCAAACACAACAUGGAUUUUGGGAAGUGCCCUCGGUUGCGGCUGUUUACUCAGGAGUAUAUUCUGGCUUUGAAUGAGCUGAAUGCUGGAAUGGAGGUGGUGAAGAAGUUUAUUCAUAGCAUGCACGGUCCAACUGGACAAUGCCCCCAUCCCAGGGUCCUGCCAAAUCUUGUAGCUGUCUGCUUAGCAGCCAUUUAUUCGUGUUACGAGGAAUUUAUCAACAGUCGAGACAAUUCACCAAGCCUGAAGGAAAUUCGGAAUGGCUGCCAGCAGCAGUGUGACCGAAAGCCUAAUCUCCCCCUCCGCCUUCUUCAUACAAGUCCUGACCUGGUCUCUCAAGAGGCCACCUUGACUGAAUCCCGUCUCAAACCGGUUAUUGUCACUUCAAAUGAGAUCCACGUGGAAGUGGAGCGCAACAACACAGCUAAUCAGAAGAUGACAGCCAACGUUGGCAAUGACAGCGAGCCCAACCUGAUUGACUGCUUGAUGGUCAGUCCUACCUGCAGCACCAUGAGCAUCGAGCUGAGUGCCCAAGCAGACAGGAUCCUUGGCUGUUAUGUUGAAAUACUCAAGAUGCUGUCAGACUAUGAUGACUGGAGACCAGCACUGGCUAGCUUGCUUCAACCCAUCCCAUUUCCCAAGGAGGCUCUUGCACAUGAAAAAUUCACAAAGGAGCUGAAAUACGUGAUUCAGAGAUUUGCAGAAGACCCGAGGCAAGAAGUCCACUCAUGUUUGCUGAGUGUGCGGGCUGGCAAAGACGGCUGGUUCCAGCUCUACAGCCCUGGAGGAGUGGCAUGUGAUGAUGAUGGAGAGCUGUUUGCCAGUAUGGUUCAUAUUUUAAUGGGAUCCUGCUAUAAAACAAAGAAGUUCCUGCUUUCACUGGCUGAAAAUAAAUUAGGACCUUGCAUGCUACUGGCUUUGAGGGGUAACCAGACGAUGGUAGAGAUUUUGUGUUUGAUGCUGGAAUACAACAUCAUCGAUAAUAACGACACCCAGCUCCAGAUCAUCUCUACCCUGGAAAGCACAGACGUGGGAAAGAGAAUGUAUGAACAGCUGUGUGACAGGCAGAGGGAGUUAAAAGAGCUGCAAAGAAAAGGUGGUCCCACAAGGUUGACACUGCCAUCCAAAUCCACAGAUGCAGACCUGGCCCGCUUGCUGAGCUCGGGAUCUUUUGGAAAUUUGGAAAACCUCAGCCUGGCCUUUACCAAUGUGACAAGUGCUUGUGCUGAGCACCUCAUUAAACUGCCUUCACUCAAGCAGCUGAACCUGUGGUCAACUCAGUUUGGAGAUGCAGGGUUGCGGCUUCUGUCUGAACACCUCACCAUGCUGCAAGUGCUCAACCUCUGCGAGACUCCUGUCACGGAUGCUGGGCUGCUGGCGCUUAGUUCCAUGAAGAGCCUGUGUAGUUUAAAUAUGAACAGCACCAAACUUUCAGCAGAUACCUACGAAGAUCUCAAGGCUAAACUACCCAACCUGAAAGAAGUGGAUGUCCGCUACACCGAAGCAUGGUGAACUCUCCCUGCCUCCGACUCUUCUCUUUUGCUUCUCAUGAGAAGGAAAAGAUUUUUAAAACAAACAGAGAAAAACAAACCGGAAAAUAACUUUUGGCUAAUACCUGUAGAGCAGUGAGUCCUGGGACUUGGUGGUAGGAGUUGUGGUUGUGGGGUAGAGGAGUGGCGUUGUGUGUGUCGGGGGGAACCGGGCAAGCCUGGACCCUGCCGGAUUCUUUAAGCUUUGUGAUUUCGGAAUCAACAUAAUUUAAGUUGAAAAGGAGAAAAAAAAAAAAAAAAAAAAAAAGAC